AAAUUAAACUUGCAACUCUACAAAAAAAAACAAGAAGAUAACUCAAAAGCUUUCCCUCCUUUUGUAUCAACAUAGGAAAAAAAAAUGAUGGAUUCAUUAGCUAAAUGCUUCAACGGACUUCAAGAAAGAUACGAGAGCGUUCUAGAAGCAAAAUCAAUCUUCAAAGACGACUUAACAUCGCCUCUGAAUGGAUCAGAGUGUUCAGUAGAACCCAUCAAAAAGUCUCGUUGCUUGCAAAGAGCCAAGAGGAUUGACAGAUCCCUAAGGUUCGAAGAUGAAGAUGAAGAGAUGGCAAAGCCUCUGAAGCCACGUAAAGUUGUGAGGUUUCAGUUGGAGAAGAAUAAGAUUUUCGAGCCCAACAAGCCAGUGAGGUAUGAGUUCGAACCUGAGGAGAAGCCUCUGGAAGAGAAAGAAGGUUCGAAUAAGGUUGAAGGGAAGGAGGAAGUAGUGAGGGUAAAGAUCAAGAUGACCAAACAGGAAGCUCAGAGACUACUAGCGAAAUGUAAAGACGACAACGUUUUGGAUUUGGAGCAUGUAGUGGACCAGAUUGCAUACUUUUCGAAUCAUCAGCUUCAACUCGAUGUUGUGGUGGUGGCUUCCAAGUUGUAAUGAUGAGAGAAAAAGGAAAUGGCUGCUGGUUAUCGAAUAACUUUUAGUUUUUUUUUUUAAUUUCAAACUUAUUCGUCGAAGUUUUGUAGUUUUAGAGUAAUAUAUAUCUAUUAAGUCAUCGUGUGUAUAUAUCUUGUCACAUAGUAUAUAUUAUAACAAGGUUUUGGGUUUACUUUUA